CUCCACAGCGAAAAUCAGUUGACGAACUUCAAUCGUAACGGUGAGUUCAAUUGCUGCGAACGCCGUCAAGCGCUGUCGUUGGAAUCGUUGCGCGUGCGGCUUAUCUGUGAGCGCAAAUGAGAAGUGAAAAGAAGGAAAAAAAAUCGAAAUCGAAUUGCUGUGCAUUAUAUAUGUAUUCAUAUAUAAUUGUUAUUUUUAAGUGAUAACAUGAGCUACCAACUAAAUUGCAAAUUUAAAAAUAUAUAUUGGCAAAUAACAAAUCAAAAAUUGGAGUACGCCAGGAGUAAGACCAGCUGUGCGCGUGUGUAUGCCGAAGUUAAUACAAUUUAUGUGUGAAUACGAGUAUUUAAAUAUAUGUACAUAUAUACAGCAGUAUAUAAGCGCACCUGUGUGAACGGCAUACAAAUACAUGUAUGUCUGUAUGUAUUUUACCUUGACGUCACGGCUCUUUUUAUAACCAGCCAGCAGUCGCCAACGUAACGUUUGUGUUGGCCGUUCUCCCGCUCAACGCGAAGCGCUAAACAUAUCUUAGAUACCUCUAGAUAGUAACGCGACAAACCGGGCUCCCAACGUGUGGUGGAGCGUGUACGCGGCGCUGAUGCCAACAACAACAAUACGCAUAUUCACAGUUAACAAAAGUCGACUGGCAAAAAGCUAAAGCACAACAGCAAACAACGCCAACAACAAACGGCUCACAAUUACAGCGUGGAAUUGUGCAAAUGCGCGUCGCGUUAGUUUGUGUGUGUGUGUGCAAAAAAAGCAAAUACAAGUGCAUAAAUCAAUUUUAUACAUACAUAUUUACAUAUAUGUAUAUAUGGGUGUGAGUGUGUGUGAAUUACACAAAAAAGAAUGCUCGCGAAAAAAAUAAAUCAAUUAAGUUACACAAAAAUAUUAACAACAACAACAAUCGGCUGAUAAAAUAUAUAAAUAAAAAAAUUAAAUUUUGCGUACGCCAACAACAACAAUAACAAAUACAACAUUUCGAAAGUGCUCCCAAUAAAAAAGUACAAAUAUUUUUAAGCAAAUACAUACAAACAUACAUAAAUACUUAUAUAGAAACGCAUGUAAGUCGCGCUUAGCUCGCCUGUUCCAAAAAUUAAAAAAAUCAAUUUCGAUUUACCGCACUGAACCCCAAACGUUUCGAAUCUGUGCUUAAAAAAUCGAAGAGAAAACAAAAAAAUCAAUUUAAGAACGCAAAAAAGGUAGCCAGAAAAAAAUAUUGACGCCACAAAAAUACCUCAUUAUCAUAAAUUCAACAUUUUUGCGCACACAAGCAAGGCACGAUAGUGCGCACGUCAAUACAUACAUACAGACAAAGCUGAAACCAAACGCAGCUGCGCUAAAACCCACGACUCAGCAAAAAAUAAAAAUCAAAUUGCAGUAAUCUCUCACAUACAAUUGCGAAAAAAAGCAAAAAAAAAAUAAAAAAUAACAAUAAAAACAAAAAUAAUAACAACACAAACAAAAAUAAUAACAACAACAACAAAGAGCUUAAAAUCACAAACACUUUAUUAACGGAAGAGACUCGACCGACGUGAGCGUGUGUUGAAAAUGGUAUUCUACAUAUCGGUUUUUGGCAAAAAUGUCGAACCACCCGACAAGCCGACGGUCAACGAAAAGAGCAUGGCCUGCAUUCAAGAUGGACUGGAACAUAUGAGAAUAGGUGGCGGGAAUCUUUCCUACACCACAGACAUCGAUUUCCAUCGACCGCAACCACAAAAUAACGGCACAGACAGUUCGGAUAAUACGUGUCAACAUCGAUGGACACCCACAAAUGGUUACCAUGACAAGGGUAUCGGUGUGAUGACAAGUCUGUUGGGUUGUAUGAAACCGAUACUCUCCUUUAUGACCAAGACUGGCGUUAUCGAGAUCAAGGAUCCGAAAGAUUACGCUUGGGAAAUACCUUUUGAAUGCAUCACAGGGUUGGAAUGGCUGGGCAGCGGCGCGCAAGGUGCGGUCUUUAGUGGAAAGCUGAACAACGAAAUUGUUGCGGUGAAAAAGGUGAAAGAACUGAAGGAAACAGAUAUUAAGCAUUUAAGAAAGUUGGAUCACCAAAAUAUUAUUAAGUUCAAAGGUGUUUGCACACAACCGCCUGUUUAUUGUAUAAUCAUGGAGUUUUGUCCCUAUGGUCCACUACAAAAUAUAUUGAAGGAACAGCGGAAUAAGAAAGUGAUGUUGCCAUCACGUUUAGUCUCGUGGUCGAAGCAAAUUGCACACGGCAUGCAAUAUCUGCACUCUCAUAAAAUCAUACAUCGUGAUCUAAAAAGUCCCAACAUACUGAUUGGCCAUCAAGAGAUAGUGAAGAUCAGUGAUUUUGGUACAAGCAAAGAAUGGAAUGAGAAGAGUACGAAAAUGAGCUUCGCUGGCACCGUAGCUUGGAUGGCACCAGAGGUGAUACGUAACGAGCCGUGCUCGGAGAAGGUGGACAUAUGGUCGUACGGCGUGGUGCUGUGGGAGAUGCUGACAUGCGAAAUACCCUACAAAGAUGUCGACUCAUCAGCCAUAAUUUGGGGUGUGGGCAAUAACUCAUUGAAACUACCGAUACCGUCCAGUUGCCCAGAGGGUUUCAAAUUAUUAGUAAAUUUAUGUUGGCAUACGAAACCGCGUAAUCGUCCCUCGUUCGGACAAAUAUUAACGCACUUGGAGAUAGCCGGUCCGGAGCUAUUGCGUAAAACCGACAACGGUUACUUCGAGGCGCAGCAAUCGUGGAAUGAGGAAGUGCGUAUGCAUUUCAAGGAAAUCUCACAAAAUGGCACCAGCAUACAUAAAUAUGAGCAGGAUUUGAUCAGACGGCGCACGGCUGAGUGGCAGCAUGCGCAAGACAUACGACUGGUCUAUGAGGAUAAGUUGGAGAAGACAAAUCGACUGUAUCUAGAAUUAAGUGAAUGCAUGACACAAUUACAGGAAAAAGAAAAGGAGAUCGCUAUGCGCGAAAAGCAACUGCCAGGUUACAAGCCAACGAGACGCUUGGGUACUACGCUGCGGAAAAUACAAAAUUAUCGAAAACGACUUAAUCCACCUAUUAAUAUACCAGGAAAUGCUCAAAAACAACAACAGUCGUCGACACCUGACCCCGAAACAACGCCGGAGAGCCCACUCAAGGCAACGCUCUACGCCCAGGUCAUAAGUUUGAAUAAGACGAAGUCUUACUGCGUGGCCACGCAGAAGCCGAAGAAGAGCAGACAUCGACGUGUUGGUUCGGGCAGCUUCGCUGCUGCACCCAAAUAUAGUCCAAGUCGAGACCGACGUUAUCAGAGCGAGCCAGAGAAUCGUAAGAACAUCAAAUUGGUCGAUACGGAAACUCAAACCGAUGCCAUGGAUAUUAGUGAAAUGGAUAUAAGUCCAAACGCCUGCUGUGCAAUGCGUGAUAUCUCUAUGACACUUGCCAUGGAGACUGGUUUGCCAUCCUAUGAAGUUUUAUAUGCCACAGAUCGCAUAAAGCAGCGUCAGUCGGCACAACCACAAACCGCUAUGCAAUGUGCGCAGCUAAAGGAGCAACAACAACAGACGGAUGCAGCAGCAGCCGCUGUAACACCAACCAGUCUGAAUGGCAAUUCCAUGACACCGUUAGAUGUGACAUUCCAAGAUGCAUGCUCUAGUCCCGACCAAAUGCUCGACGAUGUGAUCAAUAGCAACGAAAGACUCGAUUUACCCGAUUAUUGUAGUUCCAAUGAGCACCUUGAUCGUCUGGGCGAAAAGGUGAUUAAGUUUAUCAACGAAAAUCGACUGAGCAUACAGACAACAACCUCAAUCAGUAAUCAAGCUGAGUUGGCGACAGCACGUCUGCAAGCGUCUGAUAAUGGGAAUGAGAAUGCGAACGAUGGCAAUAGCAUAAGUAGACACGAUUUAAGUCGUGAUGCUGUAAUGGAACGUAUGACGCCAAGAACGAGCAGUGUACGACGAAAACAUCAGCAGCACACGUUGGACAAGUCAUUGGCUGCCGAUGACCAGGCUUGCAAUAAUGCGAAUGGUGAAUCCAAUGAAGAUAUAUUCGAUGACAGUUGGUCGGAUGAGGAGGGUGAGGAUACCGACUAUCAUUAUGGACUUAGACGUCGAAGCAUUGGACGUCUACCAAUUGGACGCGGCAUGCGCGCGCGUCGUGGCUACAAAAUACCAAUUAUACCGAAAAUUCCCAUACACAAACGCAAUGUGACCGUCGUAUCGGAUGAGGAGAACACCUCCGAGUAUAGUCACUCACCGUCCAGCCAACAUUCAACGCUCGAAAGUAAUCCUGAUGAAGUACUUAAACAAAUGAAGGCGAACAAGAAGUCGGUCAACGCUGCGACCGCUACCACAGACUCCGAAGAGGAUGUCUCGUCGAGUAGCAGCAGUGAUGAUGCUGAUGAGCCCGAAACGCAGCAAGAGCGUAGACCAACUGCAAAAACAAACACAUCGGCAACAGCAGCUGCAACAAUAACACAACGACAAAGGCGCGAACAACGACAACAGCAACAAACACAACAAAAAUAUGCAACAACAACAAGAGCAAUAAAUAUACCCGCUGCCGAUGUUGGCAUAUCCAAUAUGCCCAGACGCAGCGAUGUCAUCUCCAUACCCACAUACGAAGCGGACGGCGCUGUGGAUAUGGUCUAAGCUAAUGUACGCCUAACAACAAGAAAAUAAGUGCGAAACAGGCUCAGGAGCUAUAGCAUGUGGCUAUAGUUCCAUUUAACAUAUACAAAAGUAGCAUGUAAAAACAACAAAAACAA